AUGAGGACUUUCAUUAUAUUUCGCGACUUUAAACGGGGAACACAGAUGGAUCUGCCUGAUCACAGUUUCGAUGUUGGCUGUGAAGACACAGAAGUCUUUCUAGCAACAAAAUGCUUGGACCGAAACAAGAACGAAAACAACCUCCCAACUGUCUUUGAAUGUGACAUUUGUAGGUACACAACUUAUAAGAAAUACAAUUUAGACAGGCAUGUUAAAAGCGUCCACCAAACUGUAUUUGGCCUGCCAAAAGAUUCAAGUACACCUGAGCCUAAAUCAAAAAAGAAGCACGUGUGUGACCAGUGUGGAAAAGAGUUUAUAUCAGCUUUUGGAUUGAAAUUACACACGAAAGAUAAACAUCUACACAUCUAUAAGCACAAAUGCACUGUUUGUGACAAAGGCUUCAAUCAAGCAAUUCAGUUUAAGCAUCACUGUGCGCAACAUUUAGAAUUUGCCAUCUUAAAAUGUGAGAAAUGUGGAAAAUCUCUAAAGGGCCACAGCUCAUUAAAGAGACACCAGGUUCUUGCUUGUGAGAAGAGUCCGGGGCAUAAAGGGGAAGUGUUCUCAUGCGAUGAUUGCUUUAAAGAAUUUGCAAGCAAAGACAGACUUAAAAGUCACCAAAAGGGAAUGCAUGGUCCAGAAAGAUACGUUUGCGCACGUUGUGGGAAAAAAUAUAGAUGGAGGUCCUGCUUGAAGAAACACCAACAGCUUUGUAAAUAA